AUGUCAGGGAAAGUUGUUAUGGUGUUUGCACUGCUGGUUGCACUGCUAGUAUCCUCUGCAGUUGGAGAGGCGAAAGAGAAUCAUCUACUGCAGCAGCUCUUAGCCAAGAGGAGUGCCAGAGACUCGGCGGGCAGACAGGAGCCGGUUCCGCAGGCUCCCUCUGCACGCCUGGAGAGACGGGCACACUUGUCGGAGGAUGAACGGGAGAUUAUGACCAAACAAAUUAUGCAAGCAAUUUCAGAGAUGAAGUCUGAGUGCUUGUCAGAUCGGGACUACCAGGGCUGGGUGGACUUUGGACGCCGUGACGCAGAAUGA